UUCUUACACUUCCCGCAGUGGUAUUCCAUAAAUGAGCGAUCUCCGGGCAUUUACUUGAUGUUUCCAGGCUGUUUGGAAGUCCAGGAGAUGCCGUGCUAGAAACUUACAAAGCAAACCUUGCCCCCUCCUGUUCCACCCUUCUUCACCAGGACCUCCCUGCCUUGCUGGAUGGGCAGGAGGGGCUCUGUGGAAUGCCAAAUAUUCCCUCUUCACUGGGAGGGGCACUUCCUUUGAUAAACCCAGCUUCUGUGCCAGCUCUGGCGAAAGAGACAAUUCUUAGCCCUUCACUGUGGAGCUUUCAAAGCAGACAGAGGUUGUGUUAAUGGGUAAUGGGGAAGUAUUCCUUAAGUUUGCUUGAUGUGUGGCUUCCUUUGCAGAAAGCAGCCUUUGCCAACCUGGUGCCUCCAGAUGUUUUGGGACUGCAGCUGUGCUGGCUGGUGGGAGUUGUAGUCCAGGCUGGCAAAUGCAGUUGGGCACGAGAGAAAGCACAUGACGUGGAAGAUGGUUGGGUGUGGUAUCUUCUGAGGCGCAAUGCAAGACACCUGUGAGAGCCUCUUUCAGCUAUGUGGCCAUGGUGGAAGUCCAGCUGGAUGCUGACCACGACUACCCACCGGGGCUCCUGAUCGCCUUCAGUGCCUGCACAACGGUGCUGGUGGCCGUCCACCUCUUCGCCCUGAUGGUCAGCACCUGCAUCCUCCCAAACAUCGAGGCCGUCAGCAACGUCCACAACCUCAACUCGGUCAAGGAGUCACCCCACGAGCGCAUGCACCGCCACAUCGAGCUAGCCUGGGCUUUCUCCACCGUCAUUGGGACUCUGCUUUUCCUGGCCGAGGUGGUCCUCCUCUGCUGGGUGAAGUUCCACCCGUUGAAGAAGAAGAGCCCCGUCGAAGGCGGGAAGCCCAGCAACGUCACUGAGAGCUUCUCUGCCGGCGAGGCUGCUGCCAUCACCUCGACCUCCAUCAUGGUUCCCUUCGGGCUGAUUUUCAUAGUGUUUGCGGUCCACUUCUACCGGUCGUUGGUAACUCACAAGACAGACCGCCAGUUCCAGGAACUGAACGAACUGGCCGAGUUCGCGCGGCUCCAGGAUCAGCUGGACCACAGAGGCGACACCCUCCCGCCUCCGGGCAGCCAUUUUGCAUAGAUACUCAAACUAUGAAAGUUUUUUGUUGUUUUGUUUUUUAAAGCCAGCCCAAAUGUUUCUACUGUGCUCCCUGGACUCCCUUCUUCGUGAAUUUGGCUGGCCUGGAAAGACAGAUUAGUAGUACCGCAUCCUAGCUCUCUAGUGCUUUUUGAAAAAUAACAGUAAUGAUUCAAUGGGCUGUUCUUGCAGUGUUUUGAAGGACUGGCACCCAGAGGUUCAGGUGCUGGAGAGAGGAAUUCGGAAUCUCUCCUCCUGCCACCCCCUGUCCUGUGGUCCAGAUCCUUUUCUUUUGACGCUGAUUCAUCAUGAGGGGAAAUGGACAUUCUGUGCUGUCAGGUUGGGGGGUGGGCCUGUGGGGAGAAGGGAGGAAGUUAAGAGGUUUGUAAGGAAGUGCAGCAUUUUACUUUGACAUGUUUAGUAACUAGCAUUGGGGCGGGGGGGGGGUUGUUUGCUUGUCAGAUUCAUGUUGCAACAACCUGAAUUCAAACCUGCUUGAGAGAAUCGAGGAGCAAUCUUUUGUUUUUGGCGUGAUCCUGGGUUUCUUAAAACCCCGGGAGACAAGUAAGAAGUGGACACAGAGCUGUGUAGGCAACAUCUCCCUGGAGGACAGAAAAGCUCUUAGCCAGAAAAUUCAGUUUCCAAGUACCAUGACUUUUGAGAGAGAGAGAGAGAGAGAGAGAGAGAGAGAGAGAGAGAGAGAGAGGGAUUUCUAGGCUGCAGGAUGAGCACCCUAUUUAACUCUUCAGUUCACUUGAGUUGAAGCAGAAUUGAAUAGGAGAAACUAAGCACAUUGGCUUUAAGUUAGCAGGAUUUAUACAGUAAUUGGCGUUCUUUCCUGAAAAACAUGGGUCAUCUUUGAACACAUUUUGGCUUUUGUUUGUUUUAAAUAUAUCCAGCUCAUUUAUAUUCCAGGCCAGCACAUCCUAACCGUACUUACCUUUGAGUGAGCCUCUUUGAACAUAAUGAGCUUACUUGCACAUAAGCAUAGAAGAUUGUAGAACAGGGGUGGAGAGACCUGCCCCUCUGGCUCUUUACUGGGUUCCAGCUCCCAUCAGCCUCAGCCAGCAGGCCCAAUGGUCAGGAAGGAUGAUGGGAGUGGGAGUCCAGUGAUAUCAUCAGGAGGCCCCCAGGCUCCCACCCCACCCCUGGGGGAAAGUAAGAGUGAUCCUCCCCCCACCCCCAACCCCAGGUUAGAAUGGAGAAUACCAUGGCAGCAAGAGCGCUGUCCCUGGGGCAGAAGUUAAUUGUUCCCUUCAUUAAGGCAUUUGCAUUUUGGAAGUGCUCCAAAUUCCUUUUGAGUCUCGUUGCUUGGAGGUUUUGUUAUGCUAGAACUUUUAUACAGGACUCUUGCAGUGGCAGCUAGUCAUGGCAUCACUUGACCACCACGGCAGCUGCGCUGCAAAUAUCAACCAUUUCCACUGCCUUGGUUAAAAUAGCCUUGGCAAACUGGUUCUGUUUCUGCAGUGUGUGCAGACCCUUGGUCCUGUGCUUCCCACCCGUAGAACCAAGGCCCUUGUUUUGCUUUGGGAGAAAGUGUGUUUGGCUUACGAGCCAAAGUGUUGUUCUGCCUGUUCCUGAGGGCCAGGCUCUGUUCCCAGCGUGGCUUCCCCGAGAACACUAUAACCCAGAAUUGAACACUGUUGUUGUGAGUCAUGUUGGGGAUUUGAAAUGCAGCGUUUAAUUUAAAGCAAAGAAGUAAAUGCAGGAAACUGCCUUGGCACUGG